GAAUGAAAUCACCGAAGUGUAAAAACUGCCGUAAGCAGCGAUUUUGAAUUGGUGUCAAUCAUUAAAACCCUCCUCAUCAUUUAUUUGACAGUUCGACACGUCUGCUGUGAGAAUGGGGAUCAUCAUCUCUCUUUUUAAAGCGAUUUUUGGUGGCCUUUUUUCGUCAAAAGAUGGAACCAAAAAAAGUAAAUAUGAGGUAGAAGAUGGAGUUACGCUGUUUAGUACAGCUCUAAGCCCGUGCGCUAGACGUGUUCGAAUUGCUCUCCUAGAAAAACAGAUUCCUUUUAAAUUGGUUGAGAUAGAUUUGUUUACUGGUGAACAGUUUAACGAAGAAUUCACGUUCGUCAACCCAAAUAGAAAAGUUCCAGCUAUCGCUUUUAAAAAUGUAAAGGGAAUAGCUGAUGGUUUUUACAGCGAAUCUAAUGUUAUAACAGAGAUACUGGACAGCAUAUCACCAGGUCCUAAACUUUAUUCUUCUGAUAAACGAGAAAGAGCAGACAUCGUCCAAUGGCAAGACUACGAACAGAGUAUAACAGAUGAUUUUGGACUACUGGUUUUUCAUAAUUUGCUGUGUUUUGUAUUACGAAUGGUUUUCAACGAUUUAGACGACCUAGAAGAGAAGACAAAGAAUUUUCCUGAAACUUUUAAAGCAAGAGGCAUAAGUGCAUAUAACAGUGAAGGAAAAUCUGAAGACGAGAUUAACCAGCAUUUUAUAGCUUGUUAUCAGAGUCUACUUACACUAGAACGUGGCUUACAGGGCAAAAAAUAUCUGGUUGGAAAUCGUUUCACUGCAGCUGAUCUGACAGUUUUCUCCAGAGUUGACAUGUUUCCAUUGGUUGGUAUGCCAAUAAUUCAUAAACAUUUUCCAAACAUUUCUCGCUGGUUAGAGUUAAUUCGCAGCAGGAAAUCUGUGGUCGAUAGCGAAGAUUGGUGUACAAAAUUUCAAAAAUUUCUGAUAAUUCAUUUCCCCUCCAUUUUUGUCCUGAUUGGGAAUUGUAAAAGUGGACAGAAACAUCAUAGAAGAAUGGAUGGUGAACUGGUUGUAGAAAGAGCCAUAAGCGAAGCCCCCAUUAGUACAGACAUAAAGUCUCUGGAUGAUCAAGAUGGAGAUGAAAUAUUGAUCACCUAUUAUCCAGUCUCAUCCAGUUCUUUUCAAAUUACUCUUCUGUUAGAUAUAUUACAUUUGGACUAUAGUAAGAAGAAUGGUCAUGUCUUGGAUUUGAUUGGUCGAGCUGCUGGGUCAGGUGGUAUAUACAACAUUUAUCAUAAAAAUCAACCAAUCAGAGGCAUGCAAGCUAUUUUAGAAUAUAUUUGUAAUAUGGGCUCAAAUCCAGAUUUAUAUCCCAAGUCUCCUGAAGACAGAGCGAAGGUACAGAUCUGGUUAGGUUGGGAACAAACAAUGUUUACUCAAGAGUUAUCCCCCUUGAUAGAACGAGAUAUAUUGUCCAAGGUGUUGGUAUUACGUUAUGAGAAACAUUUAGAUGAUUUGUUACAACUCAGAAGCAAUCUACAGUAUAAAAAUAAAUUUCAGAAUAUUCUCAAGUGCUUUAUGAUAGGACUCCCAGAGAAAAGUGAAUGUUGGAAUCAGUUAACAGAAGAAUAUGCUGAAUGUGUUCCUGAUUUCGAAGCUGUAGAAAAACAACGUAAAGGCUUGUUUCAACUUUUACAUCUUCGACUUCAACACUUAGACAACACACUUAUACAUCAAGAUUAUUUAGUCGGAAAGACCUUGACCUUGGCAGAUAUCUGUGUCUUCAGUAGACUGAUGUUCUUCUCGGCAAUUGGGAUGAAAAUAUCAGCGCAGAAAUACAGUCAUGUGACCACCUGGUUACUUCUGCUCCAAUCAAAAACAAGCUUUUCUGACAUGGUUGAUAAUUUGACCAAUCAGAUCCAAGCUUUGACUCUUGGUCAAUAAAUCAGAUAUAUGCUGUUUAUUCUUUAUGUUGUUUAAGAUUCUUUUUUUCUGCUCUACGUUGGUGCAAAUGCAGUAUGCAAUGAGGAAAACUUUUCCUGGACAGCAGCAUUAGCAUUAUCUCGUUCAACUUUCCAGGGAUCUUCAGCGUACACAGCCUGUAAAUGGGUUUCUGUUUAUUGUCCCACCUCUUUUCAUUUCAUUUAUCCAAUAUUGUACAGAGCGCUAGGAUGUAAAACUACAUACAAGUUAAUUUAAAACAUUCCAAAAUGGUGGAUUGAAUCUCGAAAAUGAUUAUUUUAUAAAUAUACAAAAAUAUUUUGAAAAUAACAUCAUUAUUAGUGUUUCGUUUUUAAUUACCUUUUUUUUUUGAUAUAACCACUGCAGUUAACACUUUGUCCUAACCUGAUCAAAACUGUGUCACAAAAUGCCAGCAUUGGAGAAGGUAGAAAUUUGAUUGGUUAAUUUGAUGAACGUUCAAGAGGGCCGUCGUUAGACCUUGACUGAAGUGGCUGUAUUAAACAUAAAAGCUAAAGAUAGACAAAAGUUUGUUCUAUGCUGGGUUGAGGUGUCAUAGAGUGGAAUUAGGUGCUGAGAGUGCACAGAAGGCUACUUACAAUUCCAUUUUUUUAAUUUUUUAUAAUAUUGCAGUAAACGAUUAAAAAGUUCUUUAAUAAUAAUGACAAUGUAAAUUGUUGAAACGACGCAAUAAAGUCUAUUUUUCCUUU